GAAGUGUCUUGUCGGGGACACUUUUGGGGGAGGCCCCGUGUUGAAGAUGGGCCCAGGGGUGUGUGGGUCUGAACAUCUGUACCCACAGGCGAGAGGAUGGACAGCUACGAGGCCAACGCCCAGCUCUGCUGGGCCGCGUAUAAGGAGUUCAUGGGCUUUCUGGAAAAGGACUGGUGCAACUGGACGGUGGUCAGCAGGCCUUACAGUUCCCUGCGCGACUGCCUGGAGAUAGAGGCGGAAGCCUUCAGCCUGGGCUUCCCCAACCCGCUGGCCGAGAGGAUCAUCUUUGAGACUCACCACCUGCACUUCGCCAACUGCUCCCGGGUGCAGCCCACCUUCUCCGACCCCCCCGAGGACGUGCUGCUGGCCAUGAUCGUGGCCCCGAUCUGCCUCAUCCCCUUCCUUGUCACUCUCGUGGUGUGGAGGAGUAAGGACGGCGAGGCGAAGGCCUAGGGUGGACGCCCCCGGGUCCGCCUCCUCCUCUCUCCCACCCUCAGCCUCCCUGUCACUGCACAGCCUGUUCUGGGGCCCGGGCGCAAGUUGUGUAACCUCUAAAAUAAAGUUUUUUGUGUGUGUU